GUACGAAAUCUGGAGUACCUUGAUUCGCACUUGGGUCUUCACUUCACUCAACAUCUUCACAUAUGUGCAGGUUCAUCUGCCUUCAGGUGAAUGGUACGGGCCAGCAUGCUUCGGAUUCGAGGUCCAGGGCCAGUAUCCACCUUCUCCUUCUCCGCAUCCUCCUCCCUCGUCGCCUGUUAUCAGCGAUUUUGCCUCGGUACCUUGAUUCGCACUUGGGUCUCCACUUCAUUCAACAGCUUCACAGAUGUGCAGGUUCGUCUGCCUUCCGGUCGGGCUCCUGCUGCUCGGCCUGUCCCAGUGUGGUGCGCUGCAGGCCAGUGUCGAAUCGGAAACCGAAAAGAAGCCCGCGAAGCACGUCGCCGCUCUCCAGACCUCGAGCGGGUCAAAACCGAGGCAUGGGAUGCUGGUGGGCACCAGCAGCAAGACUGCUUCGCACGUGAAGUCCAACAGCGAGCACAAGGCGAAGUCUGAAGGUGCGACAAAGGCCAAGUCCGUCUCGGUGCAGAAGCAUGCGAAGCAGCACGCGGCGAAGGCGGAAGCCACUGGCAAGCACACGGGCAAGAAGGGCGAGGUGAAGCAUCUGCUGCACGCCACGGAUCUUUCGGUGGCCCAGCGCAAGCACAAGGCCGCCGCGACGGGAGAGCACAGGGCGAAGGCGGAGGGGAAGAGCCAGCACAAGUUAAGCGCCAAGGGCGUGGCGGUGCACAAGCACCAGGGGAAGCCGGAGGCCAAGAUUCAGCACAAGGCCCACGCCGCUGCGAAGAGCGAGCACACGACGAAGGCGGGCGGCAAGGGGCAGCACAAGGCCACCAGCAAGGCUCAUAAGAAGGCGUAGUUAGAGGCAGGCGGGUCGAGACAGACAGGUCGGCAGUGCAGAUCGUGCCCCGGCACCAGGUCAGGUCACUGGCAGGGUGCGGACCGUUUGAAGCGCGCGCGCGCGUGUGCUGAAUUCACGGACGCGCGGUAGCAUGACGGCCCCUGCGCAGACAA